UAUGGAAUGUACCAAAAUUUCAACCACACCGUGGCAAAGAUUUUACCAAAACAACAAACAAAGCACGGUCACGGUUGGAUUUUUUAUUUGACUACGUGUGAAAAGCAUCCACCGUCGUGACCCUUUUUCAAUUCGUGUACUUCACCGUAGCCGAUAGCAAGUUGUCGUUUUGGUUUUUUUCUUUUCACGGCCCGUAACGGAUGGCAUCAAUAAUUUGGUAUCGGGCUACAUCAACACGGGCCGACGCCCGUUCCAUCCUCCAUCCGGCGCGGCUACGGCACCCGUUCCCGUCCAACCCCGCACAACGCCUGUUCCCCCGCGUGCACCAACCGCCCCGCAGGAUCAGCAGCUCCCAUCGCGAAUCCCACCAUGCCGCCGCCACCGCCACCGCGAAUCCCACCACCGGCGACCCCCACAGGAGGCCACACACCUCCUGGAUCCACGCCGUCGCCGGGAGGCCGCGAAGAUCCUGCUUCUCAUCCCCCCAAGGUCGUGACCCUCCUGCUCGCCGCGCCGCCGCCGGGAGGCUGAAGCUCCUGCUCUCCGCGUUGCCGCUGGGAGGCUCUGAAGCUCAUGUUCUCCGCGCAGCCAAGGUUUUGACGCUCCUGCUAGCCGCGCCACCACCGGCUGGCCGGAAAGUCCUGCUCGCCGCGUCGCGGCCAGGAGGCCGCGAAGCUUCUGCUCGCCGCGCCGCCAAGGUCGCGACCCUCAUGCUCGCCGGGUGGCAGCGCCCCUGCUCUUCCCCACAUCGUCGCCGGGAGGCAGGGCCUGCUGUUCUCCACGUCGCUGUCGGUAGGCCAAGCACCUCCUGCUUGAUGCUUCGCUGCUGGCUGGGCACACCUGAUCCUCUCGUGCUUCUGGCCGUCACGGGAAUGGCCAAGGAUGGCUGGUGUUUCUCUCCCCCGUUAUCCUCUUUAUGUUCCCUCUGUUUUCUUUCUAAGUAGGGAAGUUCAGCUAUUGCUCGAUAGGAAUCACAAAUGUUUUGGCAAGGUAGUGCAGGCUUCCAAAACAGUGCAAAAAAUCGGUUUGGGUGAUUCGCUAGUUUAGGACGCAGUGCAAAACAGGGCUGAAAUUCUAUUUUUGGUCGUCUGAACUAUCCAUGUCGGUGUCAUGAAGUGCUUCCUCCUCUGUCGAAUUGGUCCCAUGAUGAAACGGGACUUUAGUGGUGUUUAUAAUCCCUUGUUGAUUUGAUUGAGAUUUUUGAUAUCCAUGGUCAUUCAAAUAAAUUGUACAGCAGAAUUUUUUAUCACAAUUUGCUUCACUGGGUGAUGUUGAUUUCGUUUGUUUCAUCUGAAAGAUCUAGUUCCCUUUCUUCAGGGACUUACCAAAUUCUACUUUUUCUAGAUUUUUUCCAAAUUCCACUUCUGUUGGCUUAUUUUCUCUUGCUGGCGACCCCUUACAUCGAAGCAAUCAUCACUCCUCUCAACCACCGCUGGGUAAGAACAUUCAUCUUCCCGUCUCAUGCAACAAAGCUAGAGCCUUAAAGGAGAAGAUGAGAGAACACUGGAACCUGCCGCUGGAAUUUAGAUUUCGGCAAACUGGUGAGGAUUGGCUGCUUAUCUUACUGGGAUGUUGUAGUGGUAAGCAAAGAGCUCAUGUGCUUCUCCUCCUCUGGAGAGCUUGGCACCUCCAUUGUGAUGUAAUACACGAAAAAGGCAAGGAAUCAAUUAUGAAGUCAGUGUCUUUCUUGCUAAACUAUGAAGCCAUGCUUACGGACUGCAGUCCAGCCGCACGGAAUAACAAAGGUAAAAAAGCUAUUGGUUUAUCUGAGCUGACUAAUCAAUUUGGUUCUUGUUCUUCUAUUCCAAAUAAAGUGGAAGAUAUGCUUCCGUCUCCUUGGUCCAUGCCUAUGGGAAGAUACUGCAGUGAUCAAUGUCGACGCGGCAUACAAGUCGCUGACUGGUGAAUCGGCCAUCGGGGCUGUGGCUCGUGACGGCCAAGGCUCUAUCAUUGCUGUUACCAGAAGGACGAUCAAUAGAUGCCAGGACGCGGAGGAAUCUGAGGCCAGAGCGAUCCUUGCCAGACUGCAGCUGGGCAUUGAGCUUGGUCUUCAUGAGCCAAUUGUGAUGUCUGAUUGCACAGCUGCUGUUAAUGCAUCAAGAAGCCCUGUCCAUAACCUGUCUAAGCUCUGGAGCAUGUAUAAGGAUAUUUCUAAUGUUGCUUUGCCUUUGCUUGGGUGUCUCGUGCAGUACACGAGAAGAAAGUUUAAUUGUUUUGCCCACAAUUUAGCGCAACUAGCUUUUCAGUC